UGACAAAAGAUCGGAAGCAGCAGCGUGUUUUUCUCUUGCGAUUGUUCAACGCAAAAUAAAUUGUGCGUUUUGUAUUGAAACUGCAGUACCUGGAGCAUAAGCUGCACGCAUUAUUCAAUGGUGUUGUAGGCAUAGUGAAACAACGCAGAAUGAUUGAAUACGAACAGCCCAAUAUCACCGACACAGAGGUGAUAGAUCACGAAGAGUUUCUCGAUCGCAUCAAGAAAACGCUCUACUACGGUUCGUCAAAAGUGCGAUGCACCAAAAUUAGCCGACCGCUGGCGGACUACGCGGCGGAUGUGUUUUCCGAAACGCAUCGCGGCCAUUCCCUCAGUCGAUUGAACUUUGCGACUGUGGGCAAUCUAUCCGUGACGCCAUGCUCACUCAUACUGGCGAUGAUCUAUCUCGAUCGCUUGAACGCCACCGAUCCGACCUUUGUGCGCCGCAUCACACCGUCGGAAUUAUUUAUAGUAUCAAUGAUGGUCUCUACCAAAUUCUACUGCGGCUAUGACGAGGACGUCUAUCUAAGUGCCUGGGCUGAGUAUGGAAAUAUGACUCCGGAUCAGAUGAAAGCUUUGGAGCUGGAAUUCCUGGACGCUAUGAAUUGGAAUGCGUACGUCUCUAAGCGGGAUUUCUUCGAAAAGUUGAAGUCGGUAGAAAAGGUUCUUGCCAAAAGGCAAGGCCUUACUCGUGGAUGGUUGACUUAUACCGAGCUUAUCAACUUUCUACCCUCAUUUGCAAUGGCCAAACAGUUAAUACAUUACAGUACCGUGCUUGCGCUGAGCUAUACCGCCAGUGUAAUGACCAUUGCUGGAGCCUUUCUGCUAGCUAGUAAUCUACAACUUCCGGGCAACUUGCUUUAUAGAGGAUCAACCAAUCUUGAAGCCAGCGGUAACGUUUCCAACCGCUCUACCCUAACUCAACAAACCAGACUGGACAGCAUUCUCGAUAGUUCCGGUUCGGCUGAUGGCACAAACACUAUGGAAGACUGCAUCACCGACGGUGGCACGCUUGCCACCACCACAUCACAGCUAAAUGCAACCCUAAAAGACUGCGAAACUGCUUUUGCAUCCGGACAGCAAAAUUGGCAGAGUACAAAUCAACCUCUAGAAGCUACACCUUUCUCACCAUACCGUUACCGUAACAUACGCUUCAUUUUUGACCCGGCCGGUGGUAAUAACGUUGUGCAACAGGUAGAUUUUAUUCAUUCCGAGCACGAGACUAACGAGUCAGAGCGAGAGGCUGGCAUCAAACCGACGGACCCAUUGCAGGAACUGAACAGUAUCGGAUCUCACAACUGUUCGUACGAUUGCUUCAUUCCACUGAUUGGCAGCAGUAAAUGGUGUGUCGAGGGUGAGAAUCACGACAACUACGACGGUAUAUUUAAGCAUUACAAGAAAACGUACGAUAUUUUCAGUUCUUUAUUGAAAUUUUUGUAACGAGCCUUCUGAUGAAGCCACAGUAGAUAGAC